GGGGGUGUGUUCUCAUCACAGCGCUGGAAACCCCCCAUUAGUCACAUAAAAGCGACCCGAACGCCAGUUUCACAUCAUAUUAGAGCUCGAUCCUGAGCCGAACGAGGACUUUAAACUAUGUAGGCACGGUGGACAGGGUUUAAAUGGGCAAUCUGAUGGGCAUCUGGAGAUAUAAGGAGCCGAGCACAGUGGAAGAAUGCGACUCGACGUGGGAAACGGACUCGGAGAGCGACGAGCAUCAGCCGGGAGGAGAGGAGGAGGACAGCGGCAUCUCCGAAUCCAUGAGCCCGGCGGAUGCACUCAGAGGAGCCGAGCAGCUGGAUCACGGAUCACCGCAGUUUGGUGACAUGAUGGAGUCCUCUACUAGGGUGAAAAGGAGCUAUUACGCCGCAAAGGACUUGUACAAGUAUCGACACAGUUAUCCGAACUACAAGGAGCCUCGUCAGCCGAACGAAUACUGCAAUCUGAGGUUUUAUCUGAAUAAGAUCCCCCUGGUGCCGGAUGGUAUUUAUAUUGAAGAAAUUCUCACUAAAUGGAGGGGCGACUAUGAAAAAUUAGAGCACAAUCACACAUACAUUCAGUGGCUCUUCCCACUCAGAGAACAAGGCCUAAAUUUUUAUGCUCAAGAACUCACUCAGGAUGAGAUAAAGGAAUUCCAAAGCACUCGAGAAGCCAAGAGACGCUUCCUCCUAGCAUAUACGAUCAUGUUGGAUUUCUUUGGAAUCAAGCUCAUGGAUAAAAACGGGAAUGUGGCUAGGGCCCCAAACUGGCAAGAUCGCUUCCAGCACCUGAAUGAGUCGCAGCACAAUUACCUGCGUAUUACUCGCAUUCUGAAGAGUCUUGGUGAACUGGGCUUUGAAAGCUUCAAGCUGCCUCUGGUGCAUCUGCUGCUGGAGGAGGCGCUGGUGGAGGGCACUUUACCCAACAUGCGUCACAGCGCACUGGAAUACUUUGUCUACACACUGCGCCAGCACGCUCAGAGACGUGCCCUGCUCCGCUUCGCCCAGCGCCACUACCAACCGCCCGAGAACUUCAUCUGGGGGCCACCCAAGAAGAAGCGCAUUCCAGCCUCGGGAUCCACAGUGAUGAAGGCAGGAAAAAAUGAGGUGGUGGAGAGGAGUGUGGCCAAAGCCAGGUCACCAAGGGAGGGCAGAAAUAACUUAGAGAGAGAGGUGGACGACAUGGAUGAGAGGAAGAGUGGAGAGUGGAAAACAGCAAAGGGGCCCAUGGUCCUGCAGGAGGUUAGGGGAAGGGUAGAUCUAGAAGAAUACAUUGAGACUAUUCCUCUGUAAGAAGAUAGAGGGAUUCUGGGAAUUCUCAAGUAGCUUAAGCGGAGUUUAAAGUUAAGUAAAAGAAUGGCACAGCAAUAUUAUUCCAUACUUUUGCCUUGUAGAGACUUGCUUUGUGAACAACUUGACUGUUUGCCAUUUUGAUUAUUAUUAUUUUAUUGUAUUAUUAAUAUGAGGUGUUUUUCUUAACUCUGAAUACUUUUCAAAGUGUAAGCGGAUGAAUUUCUCUAUUGUAAUUCUUACUUGCAGCCCUCUGGAGAGUUCUUCGCACAUGUAUAAGUGUAUGUAUACGUGCUACCUGAGCACUCUGUUCGUGUGAAAUUUUGCACUUUUUGACUAUUCAGUCUUCCCCUGUGAGAGAAUAUUAUCUUAGUCUACCGGCUUCGAGAUGAGGCUUUAUUUGCUAAUCAUAAGCCCGUCUCUCCGAAAGACGUGUGUUCUUUUGCCUGUUCAGAGCUCGCUGAUGUUUCUUACAAUGGAUCCUCGUAGCUCAUUGUAACAGAUUAUAAUAAUGUGAAGUAAGUGUGAAUAUGCUUGCAGGAAUUUUCAGGUAAUUGAUCUUCCAUGUUUCUAUGGGUACGUGUUAGACUUUAAUCCAGUUUUCUCGAAUAUGUCUUGCAAUAUAAAGUGCCUCUUCUUUCGUUUCUUAAAGCAUACAUGAAGUGCUUUAGGCUAUUAUUUCGAGUCGGAAGUCGCGCAGUAAGCCAUUUGUGGAAAAAAUGCAAUUCUAAGCAAAACAAACUUGAAUUUAGAUUUUGUGUUUUAUGUUACUUUUUGAUAAAUCAAAGGUUUAGCUCUUAUUUUUAAAUGAGAAUUGAAACGGUAAAUGCCAUUUUGAGGCUAUUAAAUGUUGCGUGACAGAUCGCUUGUAACCGGCAUUUCAAACGGCACAAUUUACCGUUUAUUACAGUAGGCUAGGUAAAGCACACAAGAAGGUAUAUUGGAAGUGUAUUCAUGUUGAAAUUUUUAUAUAAUCGGCGAAGAAGUUUUUCAAAGGCGAAGACAUUGGUAAAACAGCUUUUGAACACAUUCACCUUUUGGAGUCUGCUCAUUAGUUGGAAAAGAAGUAGGCCUAGGCCUAAAUAAUAAAAGUUGAAUAUAUGCACAAUAUUAUAAAUUAACAUUUAAAUUUUUUCAGGCUGUUAUUUAUUUAAUUAGAUGCUUUAAAAAACACAUUUUUGACAGCCUAUAUGUUAGACCUAUAUCUCGAGAACUGUUUAAACAGUAAUGGUGAUAACAUUAGAAAGCAGAGACUUUGCUUUUUCAUUCAGUGUAUAUAACUCAAAAUGACUCAGAGUUAUGGAGCAAUUCACAUAUAUGUGUGAGUGUGUAUGCUGCCUUUCUCUAAUCAUACUUAGCCUACAGUGUUUAAGUGUGGACAAUCAGGGCUAUUGAUGGUCACUAUUCACAAAGAAUACAACUAAAUGAGUGUUUUCAUUAGCAAAUAUUAAUUAAUGAGGUUCACACAUGUACGAGUGUUUGUUCCACACUGCUAUUUCAGAGUGUACCCAGAGGGCUAGACAAUACCUCCACGUCACGUGUGUGUGUGUGAAUGUUACAAGGUUCUGCCUUUUUAGUUUCUCAUGGCACACAAACAGAGAAAAUUUUCAGGAAAUACUAAAUCCCUUUUUCUUGUAAUAGUGACUAAAGUCCAUCUUCCCUUUUCUCUUUUGGAUUAAAUGAUGAAGGCUCUCUCAGUCUUUUUCCAUUAGUCAAUAUUAAAAUAAAGUAAAUCUUUAAAUUUUCUAUCUAACGCAGUUCAUACCUUGGGGUUCAUGAUGCUUGAAAAGAGGGUUCACAUAAUGCUACAUUGUUUCCUCAAAAAGGACAAAUAAUAAUUGAGUCCAAAACUUGAAAACCCUUUGUUGUCCCGUCUACUAAGAUGCCUUUAUCUCAGUUUUUGAAUUCAACACAAUUGUGCACUGCAAUAUCCCACAAUCCUGUGCAUAGAAGUUGGUGAGGAAAAAAAAGACAUCUCUUGGAGAGAAUGAAAGAAGUACAUUUAUUCAUAUUCAGUCUUUUUGUUUAGUUUUUAUUUACUUCUACUAGAAAUAAGUAUUGAUAUUUGCUUGCUUAUCUCUUAAGCUCACUUUAAUUUCUUGAAGUUGUUGAUUUUUAGAUGUGAAAUUAUUAUGCUUUGGAAGGUUUUAUUUGGGGGGUACUUUCAUACAAAAACAUUGCCUUUAAGUCAUAAUAAGCAGUGAGAUGGAGGUUUCAGACUUCUUUCCUGUUGGGAAACAAAUAGCCAUCUUCUCUUUGUCCAUCUGAAAAACCUGUGGUUCUAAGACUUGAAUCCAUACUUCAAUAUUUCAAUGUUUCUUGUGCCAUAAUCGUGUGGAAACUGGCGACAUGUAAGGCGCCUUAAGUGUUUAUAACUUAUGUAUAUGUUGAGAAGUGAUCAUUUGUAAUUAAAGGAAGUGUGGCAUUUAGAAGUUCAUGUUUGGAUGUUUCUAUUGUGGCCUACUGUAUAAUAAAGUGCAGCUCUUUGAUGAA